GGCUGGGCCAGCCGAACUCCUGCAGUGUCCGCCGGGGAAGCGGCCAGCGCAGCUCUUGCCAGCGCAGCUCUGAGCAGAGGGACGAGCGCGACUACAUCGUCACCAGCCGCUCUACGAGCUGUGAUGCAUAGAGCUGUACACAGUGUUCAAUGUCUGGUUGCAGCAUAGGUUUCUGUAAGAAUUAGUCUAUACCAGUGCAGAAGGCUGAAGGACUGCUUCAUAAUGGACUUAGAUGAUGAAGAGAAUAUGACACCAAAAGGAGUAACCUAUCAAGCUUUUGCUGGAGGAUGUUAUAAAUGAAAAUUUAAUAACUAUUCCAUAAUCUUUGUCAACUGAGUGAAGUGGUGUGUGCAUGCCUUUCAGUGUUGGGUUUAAGACAAAUUUGAAUAUAUUAUCCAGAAGAGCAAAUUUUGCUUCCUUAAUAGUAUGAAAAUGAAGUUGGAAAUCACUUACUUGCAAAAUAUAAUUUUAUUUUUUAUUUGAUUUAUUCAUGAGUAGAAGUCCACUAAACAUACCUGAAGGAACUCUUGCACUUUAACAAAAAGUUUAGAAAAUGAAUUUCCAGAUUACUUCCAAUCAAACAUAUCACAUGAAAUAUUUAGUUCAUAAAAAUAGGCAACAUUAUAAUAAAGAAGCUUACUGACCUCAGGAAUCCUUGAUUUGUAUGUAUACAAUUGUAAUUUGGCUAAAAUUUUGUGUUAAUAUUCAGGAUAAGGAGUUUAGUUAAUAGGACAGUUUGAAUCCUAGACUUUUAUGGUACAAAAGGAUGUGAAGAUUACCUAUUCUAUUUUUCUGUCCUGAUAUAAGAAGAUAAUGUAUUUAUUUAUUAGAUUUAUGUUCCUCAUUUUGACUUGGGUCCUGAAACCAGCUCAAAGAAUGGAGCAUUCUGGAGCGUUCAUCAGCCUUUGCCCUUCUGCUUCUUCCUGAAGGUCAGCUGAUGUCAGGUGGCCCUGCUAUGGAAGAGGGGGACAGUUCAGCUGGAGCAGAAGCAGGCAUCUGGCCUGGCUUUUGUGGGGGCAGUCUUGACAAGGUGCCUUUAAUGCCCCUCCCCAGUCCCAAACAGAGCUCUGGGGGCAAUAUUACUAUGGGGGCUGCUAAGGUUGAUUUGCCAAUUUGCAUGACAGCAGCAGAGCGCUAAUGAUUCAGGGAGCCAAGUGGGUUGCCCAGCUCCUGGUUAAUUAUACCACCACUGCUGAAUGAGCAGUGAGGAAGUUCAAACAGGAGUGCAGGCACUGGGAUGGGAUGGGAUGGUGGGCGGUGGGCAUCAGUCCCAAUAGAAUGAAAUUACACAAGCAAGCUAGUCUGCCUUGUCGACAAGGUAAAGUGAAAUUCUUCGAGCUUAACCCAAUCAUCCUUAGGGAAACUUUUAUUUGACCCUGUUAGUGCCCCCAAAAUAACAUUCUUAGAACUUUAGUACUAAGCUUUUUAAUCUGGCUCUACUUUUCAUUUCUGUUGAGGUCCACCUUCUUUGUUUAAUAAGUAGUUUAAGUAAUUUUACCAACAGAAUUUGAACUCAUUGAUUUUCAGGGUAUGCCUGUAUCACAUGGUUCCAUUCUAAGAGGAGAGGCGACCUAUUGCUCCUUUUCCUUUCCAUUUCUGGAGCAUUCUGCUGCUUUUCUUUGCUGGUGUCAAACACCAGAAGCAGUGAGUAAGUAGUCCACUUUAAAUAGAGCCAGAGCAAAUCAGCUAGUGGGGUGGGCAGCAGAGAGAUCUGGUUCAUAUCGCUGUUCUGCUCCCUCAAAGCAACCACGUCCUGCAGAUUUUUAAGGACUUCAGCAGAUCUGUCAAGAUGUGAUUGUGGAUGUGGAGGGGAGGGGGGGAAGCACUUUUUUCAAGCACAAUCCCAAUACACAUCUGGCCAGCAAUCCUGAUGUUCAGAUGGGAAAAUGGAGUUCCUCUCUACAAAUAAGCUCUCCUUGCACUAUAUCUGGAAGUAGAGUGUUACAUCCUGAUUCCAGCUGACAUCUGGUGAUACCAGCUGCUCCUGGAAUAGAUACCAGGAAAUAAGCUACCAUGGAUCCCCACUCAUUUUUGUCAUUUCAUGUAGUCUUUCUGUUUUUACUUUCUUAUACCCUUUUAAUUAAUUGUGUUUAUCAUUGUAACAGGAUUAGGAGGGAGGGGAGUGUUGAAGGUGCCUUGUUCCUUGUAAAACUCACAAGGAACCCUGCUCACCCAGCAGGUUCUUUUAUUGAUGGUUUACAGGUUCUGUCGUGGCGACUGCCCAAAACGCCAAAGCCUUCUCCUCACCUGGACCCUUCCUUGCCCCUGGUUCUAAGGCAAAGAGCGACAUCGCCUCUGGGGAGGUGGGGAGCUGCAUGUCUUGGGCGCAGCACCUGCCCUGGCUGCAGAAUGGCUGUCUGCGCAUUGCAGCAAUGCCAGCCACUUCCAGCUUUCUUCCAAAGGCUGCUUUUGCACGCCACCUCAUCCUUCCCUUCCCUUCCCUCUGUUCUCUCACUCAGUCUCUCCUCCUCUGUACACCACCUCCUGUUGUCUCAGUGCUGCCUUUAUUUUCCCUUCUCCAACACAGCUGCCCCUGCUCCGGCCACCAAUCCCGCGCAGCUGUGCAUGCACUUGCACAUUCUCACAAAUGGAGUCCCAUGCCUUAUUUCUCCCAAGCAGAUUCCAACCAUGCCUCGCUGUCUCUGGUGACUCUCUGGUAGUUGCCAUGGGAAAAUGAGUGAGCCCCUCCGCAUCCUGACAAUCAGAUAUAAUUCAUUAUCUGAAUGAAUACACCAGUCCAAAACAUUUUGCAAUGGCAUGAUUGCUUGUGAUAGCCAUUGUUUAUGAACUGUGUAGUGAUAUGUACUUCAACAGGCCUCUAAGUACUUAUUAGUUCAUGUUGAAAUUUGUUCCUUUCACUGGAAAGGCAGCUAAAAAUAGAGAUGUGGCUGCAUCAAAUUAGAUCUACUUAUAAUCCAAUUGGUCCAAAUGAUUUCCAGUAACUAUUUUUUAAUCAUCUGGGACCCAAGUAAGUUGUGGGAACCUGAUGUAUAACCAGGUUAUAUGCAGGCUCAGCAGAGGUAAACAUUAAACAGUGGAUUUAGUUAAGAGGCUGUGUUCUAUUAGAAUUCAUACUUUAACAAAAGGAAAAAAAAUGGUUUAUUUACUUACCCAUAUGUGACUUGCAGAAAGGAGAGAUGUUGGUAUCUUCACAUGGGAUAUCUUGCUUCACUAUUACCUGGUUAGCUAAGAGAGGAGGAAGAGAACCACAUACUUUUUCUCUCAAAGCAAGGGGGAGAGAGAGCUAAAGCUUUUUGCUUUUCCAGAUGAGGUAGGAGGAAAGAAGGGACAGGAAGACACAACAGCUCAAGCAGAGAGGUCAGUCUGUGUCUCCCCAUUCUUGUUGGUGGACCAGGACCAUGAUGGACAGAACAUGCAAUGUCAAUGCAGGCAGUGUUAAAUAUACUGGACAGUAAGCUAUUCCUGUUCUUAUCCCUAGUGUCAUUCUAUUCAAGACAAUAGUGGUGUAAAUAUUUGUAUUAUUAUGGUAAUAUUAAAGCAAUUUCAAUGGUUGAAUUAUAAGAACAACCACCACCACAACCUCCAAAGGAGGUACUAGUCUCUAGGGAGUUCAUUUUUAGUUCUUAUUUCAUUUAUUUUAUUCUAGUUGCUAUAACAUGCAAUAGAUAGAUUUUCAGUCAUGGCAGCAAUGCCAACAUCCUUCGCUCAUAGCAUAUUCUAGAGAGGUGUUUACUGCUACCUAUACUUAUGGAUUGUUUCAUUUUUGCAUCUUUCCAUAUCUCAGUCUGAAUAUGCUGCCAGAACCUCCCCAUAUCUUCUGACUUGUUUCUAAUGUCAAAUAAUCUAUUUUAAUCUUCUGGCAGAAUUUUUGACUAUAUGGCUGACCAGCAGUUUGCAACAGUCAAGUAUUCUAAUGAGUUUUAGUAAAAUGUUGGAUCUAGCUUGAAGGUAAAAGAGCAUGUCUGAUGAAUGAGUAUGGGGUGUCAUUUUGGUAAAUAAACAUUUACCAAAGUGAAAAUCUGCACAUAAUUACAUAGCAAUUAAUGGGUCCACAGGACUUUUUUUUUUAAUCCUUUUAUCAAAUCCUACCCCUUUCUCCUGCCAUUAAUCAAUUGUUGCAAAGAAUUGGACUUAAAAAAGAGUUUCACCUUGUAAUAACUUCAGUGGUCACCUGAAAAACCAAUAGGAGACCUUUGUUUCUUUCGCAGCCAGCAGCUUUUCCUGCCAUGCUGCUAGGGUUAUUCCCUAGUGACAUGGGGUAAGUGUGUAUGUGCAACCUUCUCUCAUUGCAGUUCUGAGAAAAGUCCAAGGGUAUCCAUAGAUGGAAACUGAGUGUUACAUAUAGAUAGAUCUAGGUCCUUUUAAGUCUGUUAGAAAUAAUCCAGUUGAAUAGCUUUGGAAUUGGUUGACCAGGCAGUUUAAAAAUUACUGUUGUUGGAUAUUUAAAAAAGUACCUUUUCUUUCUGAUAUGUAAAUGUCAUAAAAUAAAAACAAUUGUAUUUAUGGCAAUGUGGUUUUAUCAGAAAUGUCCGCCACAUAUUUAAAGAAAUCUUGUUAUGGAUGUUUGUACAUGAGAAAAAGAAGCAACAGUGUACCUGCUGGCCACAUUUCUAAAUUCCAGAACAUGUAGCUGGCACUACAUGUGGAAGCACAUUCAACAUGAAAGGGUCCUCCACGUAUGGGGCUCCCAAAAAAGUAGGAACCUGGAUUGGCCAGGAUUCCUACCUGCAAGAGAGAAUCCUUUUGUGCUGACAUAAGUGUGCCCAUUGAGGGCAUCAUCAGUGAGCUGUAGGUGCAGGAGGCGUGGCUAGUGGAUAUGCUCCUGCUCUCCUUGGUGUGCAUGGUUGAUGCAUGAGUUAUGUGAACUCUUCAUACCUUACACAAUAUGAGUUUACUUUAAGAAACACCAUUGAAAUACUACUGUAACCUACCUGCCUGAUUAAAGAGGAGGGGGAGCUUUUAAUUUAGUGGGUUUUUUCCCUCAUUAAAAUGGACUGAGAUACCUUUUUUUCCCAAGGGAAGACCACAGGUGAUAAGGAUAAACAUGUAGCUGAUGUUGCAGUAUUAAUUGCUUUGUAUGGCUGCCCUGUGGAUUCGGAAACAUGAAGUUGAUCAGAUACUAAAAGAAUAACAGAUGAGGUGUCAGUUUGUCUAGGUUCGAGCAGCACUGAUGUUAAGGAGAACUGCAACAUGGACAACAUUUCAGCUACAGAUGGAACUGUACAAGGUGCCAGGGAGGGGAAUCAGUUCUCCAAUGGUGGUGGCACUAGCAGCAGGAAACGGCCUUUGGAAGAUGGAAAUAAUGGCCACUCCAAGUUCCGUCCAAAGAAGAGGAAGAAAACACCAGGGCCGGUCUUGCCCAAGAAUGCCCUGAUGCAACUGAAUGAAAUCAAACCUGGUUUACAAUACAAGCUUCUCUCCCAAACAGGACCAGUUCAUGCUCCUAUUUUUGUGAUGGCAGUAGAAGUUAAUGCACAAGUGUUUGAAGGCUCUGGUCCUACAAAAAAGAAAGCAAAGCUUCAUGCUGCUGAGAAAGCUUUGAGGUCUUUUGUUCAGUUUCCUAAUGCCUCUGAAGCACAUCUAGCAAUGGGGAGAACUCUUUCAGUCAAUACGGACUUUACCUCAGACCAGGCAGAUUUCCCAGACACACUGUUCAAUGGGUUUGAAAAUCCAGUCCAUUCUGAUUAUUCCUUUUAUUCAGAUUCCAAUGGAGAUGGUUCCUUUAGCUCCAGUGCUGACUACAGUCUUUCAUCUGCUCUGGGUAGUAGCUUCAUACAGUCAUCUCUCCCUGUUUCAUCACCAUAUCCAUCGACUAGUGGGAAGAAUCCAAUCAUGAUACUGAAUGAGCUUCGACCAGGAUUAAAGUAUGAAUUUCUUUCAGAAAGUGGAGAAAGUCAUGCUAAGAAUUUUGUGAUGGCAGUAUCAGUGGAUGGCCAAAUUUUUGAAGGAUCUGGAAGAAACAAAAAACUGGCAAAGGCACGGGCAGCUCAGUCUGCACUUGCAUCCUUGUUUAACAUGCAACUGGAUCAGACACCAUCUCACCAACCUAUUCCUAGUGAAGGACUUCAGUUACACCUCCCACAGGUUUUAGCUGAUGCUGUUGCACGCUUGGUAGUAGAUAAAUUCAGCGAUUUGACGGAUAACUUUACAUCACCCCAUGCACGUAGAAAAGUGCUAGCUGGAGUUGUCAUGACAACAGGUACUGACGUGAAAGAUGCUCAGGUUAUAAGUGUUUCUACAGGAACAAAGUGUAUUAAUGGAGAAUACAUGAGUGAUCGUGGUCUUGCACUGAAUGAUUGCCACGCAGAAAUUAUAGCUCGGCGAUGCCUGCUUAAAUUUCUCUAUACACAACUUGAACUGCUCUUAAGCAAUAAGGAAGAUCAACAAAAAUCUAUUUUUACGAAGUCAGAACAAGGUGGCUUUAAAUUGAAAGAAAACGUGCAGUUCCAUCUCUACAUCAGUACCUCCCCUUGUGGCGAUGCUCGGAUUUUUUCACCACAUGAAGCUGCACAAGAAGAUCAGGGAGACAGACAUCCAAACCGGAAGGCAAGAGGACAGUUACGAACUAAAAUUGAAUCUGGGGAAGGAACGAUCCCUGUCCGAUCUACAACUACAAUUCAGACAUGGGAUGGAGUACUGCAGGGAGAAAGAUUGCUUACUAUGUCAUGCAGUGAUAAGAUAGCUCGGUGGAAUGUACUUGGUAUUCAAGGGGCAUUACUUAGCCUUGUUGUGGAGCCAAUUUACUUCUCUAGCAUUAUCUUGGGGAGCCUAUACCAUGGAGAUCAUCUAUCCAGGGCCGUAUACCAACGGAUAGCAGAGAUAGAAGAUCUACCACCUCUCUACAUGCUUAACAGACCUUUGCUCAGUGGCAUUAGCAAUGCUGAAGCUCGCCAGCCAGGGAAAGCACCUAAUUUCAGUGUAAACUGGACAGUAGGAGAUGCUGGUUUAGAAGUUAUUAAUGCUACAACGGGCAAGGACGAAAUGGGCCGUGCAUCCCGUCUUUGUAAGCAUGCUCUGUAUAGUCGUUGGAUGUGCAUUUAUGCAAAGCUUUCUUCUUGCCUUCGUUCAAAAGUCAAUAAACCAAACCUAUAUCAUGAGACUAAGCAGCGAGCUGUGGAAUAUCAAACUGCGAAAGAGUGUUUGUUCAAAGCGUUUUUGAAAGCAGGACUUGGAGCCUGGGUAGAGAAGCCCAUAGAACAGGAUCAGUUUUCCCUCGUAGUUUGAUUUGUGGAGUAUACUUCAAGAAAGAGCUAUGGUGAAAGCUUCCAUGUCCAACACCAACAUUUUCUCUAAUAAGUGAUAUCAACAGCAUUAAAAUCCUUGUUGGUUUUGGAGACAACUAGUGACAAAUUUUAUUUUAUUUUAUUUUUAUGCUGAAGUAUUAAAUGAAUCCCAAGAGCUUCUGUCUGCAGGAAAAAAAUGUAGUACCACUCUCUUAAAUUGAUUCAUCUGGAAAAUUUAGAAAUUAUUUUAAGGCAUUAUUGCCGGGGGUGCAUGACAAAUGUAAAUCACAUAGGAUUUUAAACUAUAUUUUUAGUAAGUGAUCUGAUUUUAUGUUCUUUUAGAGCCUGUGAGACAUAUAACUUAUGCACCUCUUUUAGAUUUUUAUUUUUUAAUUGAUUAAGAAGAUAGGAAGGAUACAUAUAAUACAACCAGAGUGGAGUUUGGAUAGCUAGUUUUCCCUACUUCCUCACUCUAAAAAACCAGCUACUGAAAAUUUUGUGUCUUUGAUGUAUGUAUUUAUUAAUCUGUGAACCAGUUUUUAACAUGCCUGUUUUUAUUCCAUUUGAAAGUAUUUGUCUUCACUCCUCAUUUACACAUAUUGUGAAAGUUUUGGGUUUUUUUAUCGUUGUAAACUGGAAACAAAAAUAUUUGUAAACUUAACACAUUUUAAACUUUAAUGUACAAAAAAGCUUGAAAUAGAUGGCUUUUGUUUCACGGGAACUCAUCAGAGUACAACAGAAAUAUUACGUGCAAUGACAAUUUCUAGGCAUUUAAUUUGUGAGAAAAUAUGCUGACUUGCCACAGUUAUUCUAAGGACAAAAUAAUUUUUUAAAAUAUGUGCCCUUCAUCAACCUGACUUAUUUUUUAGUUAAACUGUUUCGUCUCAUUGAAGUUAUAUUGCCUGUGAUUGUACUCAUAUAUUAAUAUAAAACUAUCUACCCAGACUAUUCUGAAAUAUAAUUGUUUUUGACCUACUAGAAUAGGAGUAAAUACUGGGAACAUCAUACUUAUUUCCAGAAUCUUGGCUCUCUAAGUGUCUGUACAAGUCUAGAUCUCUCAAUGACUAUAGGAGUUAGUACCCAUUGGCUCAGUGUUAGUUGAAGGAGUUAAAACCCAGGCUGAGAAGCAUUUGAGGAAGAUGGUCAGGUGGCACUCUUUGCAGCUGGUCCAGCUGUCUGUGCUGCACAGAUAUUUGGAUUAAAAAAGUUUCACCCUCACAUGCAGUUUGUAUAUUGUCAUAGGCUGCAGCUAGCUAAAUCUACAAAGCUGGUUGUCACAUGUGGUCCGUCUGCUGACUGCCAAUGUUUCACAAAGUAUUACUCUCUACCUAUAGGACAUCACUCUGUCUGGGAAAGAUGUGAUAAGAAGUUUCAAGCUCAGUGCCAUAAAAUCAAACACAUGGUCGUAUAAUAACUCACUUUCUUGAUGUAGCCCUUCCAGCGUAAGUAGUAUAAGCAUAAAAUAUUGCUAGGAUAGAACUCCAGUGAUCAAUGCAAUCGUGAAAGUAAGAAAACUAUAACAAUCAUAAUAGAAAUUUUUGGCUGAUCUUAUCAGUUCCAUUCCAGGAAAGUAUAUCCUCUAGAUUUAGCAAAUUCAUUUAUCCUGUCCGUAUGCUUAAAGCAAAAUAAUGCUUACCUGUUUUGCUACACCAAUGCCAGGAAUUAAAAAUUUAAAAUUAGAUGUUUAUCUUGACUUCUAUAUUAUGUGAUGUUCAUAUUGAAGGUGUCACAGCAGCUACAAGUAUUUUAGAAUAUUUUUUGUGACUAUGUAUAAUAGUUAGAAAUGGUAGCUAGCUCACUUCUGAACUUCAUCGUUUGGGUAUGACUGCCUGUGUAGUACUGUGGUGAUAGGUUUGAAAAGGUUGUGUGCAUGUCUAAGAAAGUCCUAUGUGGUGUACAUCUUUCUUUAAAGCAGAGAGAGGAAAUGUUAAUUUAAGAAAAAUACUAAAAGUUAUCAUAGCAAUAAGAUAAUAUAGAUUCUAAGAGAAUAAAUCAGAAUUUUACAGUGUGAAAGCAAAUAAUGUAUAUGGCAUCUUUAAAUGUUAAUAGGCAAUGUCUAACGGUUACUUUCGCUUGAAUAAUAUAUAAGAGACAAGCAACACAUCUACAUGCCUAAAACUGGCCACAGAAAUGGUUCUACUGAAGCAAUUACAGUUCAAGGCCAAGUUGUGGGCCAUUAUCAAGUAAAUAGGACUGGAAAUUCUUAAAACCUGACAUUCUUGUAGCUGGACAAGACCAAGGGACAGAGCCCUAGAACAGAAUGGUGUCCCAAAGGAGUGGAAUAGAUUUGGGUGGAGCUGUGGGCAGACUACAAAGGAAAAUAACAUGUAUGGGGGAUGCGGUUCAGCAGAAAAACUGCUGUUUCAACUAAGGGGUACAGAGGGAGAGAGGAGGAGGAGGCAGCAGAGGAGGAAAAAUAACAGAACAGCCUUUUCCUUUGCGUUUCUGGCACUUGGCUCAAAAGUUUUAAAAAAAUGCCAAAAGUGAAUUUAGCAACUUGCAUUGUAAACCUUCCAGUGGUUCUCACUGUGGUGGCUUUAGCAAUUAUAAAGUAAUUAAAGUGUGAAGAUUGCACACUAUAUUGUAAUAGGCAGGUUCACAUGACACAGCAAGUUCUGGUACAUUUUUUAACAUUGGUUGUCUGCCAUGUCAUCUGAACCCUGUUAUGGUGUCUCAGCAUGGUACAUUUGGUCUUUAAAAGCUAUGAACGGAAACAGUGGUUGUUUCUGUGGUUUUUGGUACCAUGAUGACCUUGAAAACAAACCAUUGUUGUAUGUAGGGCAGAACCAGAGUGGGCAAUGAGCUGGACACUACUGCCUGAAGGAACAGCACCACUCAGCUGAUUCCUGCACUGCCUCCUUGCUGGUCAGAGUGGCAUCCCCAAUCCAGCACCUGCCCUAUGGAUGGGGACACCUCUCUGCCAGGUGGGAGUAAGGAAUCGGAAUGAGUGCUCCUCCUCCUCAUCACUGCCAGCGACAAGAAAGGGGCUCAGGUGGGUACCAGGUUGGGAACACCUCUUCUGCAAAUGGGAGUGAGAUGGGCAGGCAGCGGUGGAAACGGCCGAGCAGCCUGCCCUGCUCCAACUGGGUACCACUGCCCAGCUGCUUCUGGAUCCUCCCAUCCAUGUGCCUGUGGGGAUCAACGGGGGAAUCAGAUGAGCAGUACUACUUCGUGCAGCGUGAUCCUGCUGAUUAGCUCCACCCCUUUGCCUGAGCAUGGAGCAUGCGCUGUUCUCCUGCUCCAGUGGAGGCAAGGGUGCCUGGUCAGCUCCUUCGCCAUCUGUGCUGCUUUUCAUGUCAUGAUGCCUGUUUGCACAACAGAGACUGCGUAACAGCGAUGGUGAACCAAACUUGGCUCUCCAUCACACCUAUCAAACGGAGAAACCCCGUUCCUUCCUGCAGUGCCUCCUGGAAUACUGCCUGGAGGACUGAGGAAGGAGGAAAUGAUGCAAAGUAGGAGAGUUACCAUCUGAGCAUCUUCACCAGUUUAGUGAAAAACUGAAUCCCGGCAACCAUGCAGGAUUGCUUGUAAUGGCAUGUGAAGCCACCCAACCUCUCUGCAAAUUAUGGCUUGAAAUGGAGCAUGUCCUAUAGCUUUUAAAUAACAGUCAUGCUGUAAUGCUGAACUAUAAUUAAUCAUUUUAAUGAAAUUAUUGUGAAUUUCAUUUCAUUUCUAUACCUCACAAUAACCAAAAUUCUCUCAGUGGCUUAGUAAAUUGUGGAAUGGGCAAAAGUGAGCCUUGGAUGCAUCCCACCUCCCCUCUCGUCUACAAGGCUGUGAAGAAAAGAUAAAAUCACUUGCUUUCCCUUUAAACAAAGUUUAUUGCUAUAUUCUGAACUGGAGGAAACUUCUUUGUUUAAAUUAUGGUUUGUUGAAAUAAUCCAGGAACAAUCAGUGCUUUGUGAUCCUAGGCUAUUUAAAAACAUAGUUUAAUAAGCGUUUCCCCAGGUUGGAUAUAACAUUAAACUCUGGUUAUCUAAAAAAAGGAAGUGAAUGUUUCUGACAUUCUUGUCAUUGCUGUGUCAGAAGAUUAGAGGAGUAGCACAGAAGCCCAAGGUUUGCUUCUGCUUGUCCACUUAGUAUUAAACGGCAGGUUUAGCAUUACAUGCGGUGCAGACCAUUGUCUCUCUCCAAUUUGUCUCACCUUUGUUUUCUCUUUCUCAUACCAUUUUCAUUCCUGAUAUCUCUGCUUGGUCAUCAGCAAAAAGAAUGCGAUUUGGCAGAGUGAAGCUUACAAUGCAAAAUGCAUUAUGAUUGCUUUCUGGAUUAUGUAUAAAUGCAUAAUGCAUUAUACCUGAUUAUGACACUAGGUAGAUCAAAAUAUAAUAGCGCAAGAAAGAAGACAGCAGCAUAUAGAUCAUUAUUUAGUAGAUAAUUCUUAUGUUCUGAAAUAAUUAUAUUUGGGCUGUUCAACUGAUAACAUUUUAUUUUGAGACAAGUCAUGUUUGCCAUGACAUGUGCCAAUUCUACUAUAGUGCAGUUUCUAUGGAUGCACAGUGUUGUAUGAACACAAAUGUAAUUUGAAAUAUGAUAGAACUGAGGAUUCAGUUAACAUAUCUAUAAGGAAAAGAAUAAAAUACGUAACAUGUAAUGAAAUGUUCCUUUCAACCAAAAUCGUAUAAAAGCUGGAAAUGAA